UGUGCACGGACUCAUUUAUGUGCACGGACGCAUCUCUUUCAAGGACUGAAAAGCAAGAAGAUGAAGGCAGUGGUGUGUUUGAUGCGAGGAUGAAAGAAACGAGGUGCCGCUUCGUAAUUCUGACGGAAGAGGGAUGAGUAAACAGGGUUUAAAUCCUACAGAUGUGUGUGCGUGUGUGUACUCCCCCUGAACAUUACUGUUGAUGCACCCGUGUCCUGGAGCAUAACAACUACUACACUAAUAGGCUUUUCUAUUUAAAUUUCCUGUAUUAUUAGUCUAAUUAAAUGUCCCAUCACCUGCUCUGCACAUCCCGUUUCCACUUCCUCUAUUGGCCACGUUUCUUUGCAAACCUUCUUCCUGUCCUGCCUUCCCAUUUUCAGCCAACUGCUUAGUGCUCCACCAGAGCCUCUGAGUGUUACAGAGAUUCAGAUCACCCUGGUAACCUGUGAGAGAAAGUGCUUUGGCUCUUGGCUCCAUCACAGCGAGGGAGGGCGGCUGAGAGACAGAGACAGACACUGGGCCGACUGUGUCGGUAGGAGGGAGGAAGAGGGUGGCAGAGAGGAGGAGAGCGGCAUGUUUUGUACAGGAUGCAAGGCGGUGGCGUGCAUGUGAGUUGUAGGGGGAGCAGAGGGCAGCUCUUGCCUGUUUGACAGUUCAGUGUGUUGCCUCAGAAGUAUCGUCAGAGUCUGGCUGGACUGUUAGCACCCCCGUAUGGAGCCAUGGAGAGUGGAUCAAACAAUGACAGACUUACAGAUAAAGACAACAUGAACUCAGAAUCUGGAAGCAAAGCUCACAACAAGAUUCCAUCAGAAAAGCUCCAGAGAGCAGGAAAGGUGCUUCGCAACGCCAUCCUAUCAAGGGCGCCCCACAUGAUCCGAGACAGAAAGUACCACCUUAAAACAUACAGACAAUGCUGUGUAGGAACAGAGCUGGUGGACUGGUUGGUGAUGCAGAGCGCCUGCGUGCUCACAAGGUCCCAUGCUGUAGGAAUGUGGCAAGUGCUGCUGGAGGAAGGGGUGCUCAAUCACGUGGACCAGGAGCUGGGCUUCCAGGACAAGUACCUCUUCUAUCGCUUUCUUGAUGACGAAGAUGAGGACACGCCAUUGCCUAGUGAGGAAGAGAAGAGAGAGAGUGAGGAGGAGUUACCAGAAACCAUCCUCUUCCUCGCUCAGAUUGGCCCUGACGCACUGCUGCGCAUGAUCCUCAGGAAAUCGCCUGGUCAGAGGACCGGGGAUGACUUGGAGAUCAUCUAUGAUGAGCUGCUUCACAUCAAGGCCUUAGCUCACCUCUCCAACACUGUGAAGCGUGAACUGGCGAGCGUUGUGAUCUUCGAAUCCCAUGCAAAAGCCGGAACUGUGUUGUUUAACCAAGGAGAGGAGGGCACAUCGUGGUACAUCAUCCUGAAAGGCUCCGUUAAUGUGGUUAUCUAUGGCAAGGGAGUGGUUUGCACUCUUCAUGAGGGAGACGACUUUGGGAAGUUAGCUCUGGUCACAGACUCACCUCGUGCUGCCUCCAUCGUCCUGAGAGAGGACAACUGUCACUUCCUCCGCGUGGAUAAGGAAGACUUCAACAGGAUACUCAGGGAUGUGGAAGCUAACACAGUGCGUUUGAAAGAGCACGAACAGUCUGUGCUGGUUUUAGAAAAGAGUCCCCGAGCGUCCACACUGGGAGGCAUCAAAUACACUGUGAUAUCAGGAACACCAGAGAAAAUCCUUGAGCACUUCCUGGAAGCUAUGAGACUUGACAUACAUCACAAUGAACCAGACCCGGCGGUGGAUGAUUUUGUUUUGAUGCACUGUGUGUUCAUGCCCAACAGCCAGCUGUGCCCUCUGUUGAUGGCACACUACCAUGCUGCGUCCCCGCCUGGCUCCGAACAGGAGAGGCUGGAGUACGCACUCAACUGUAAGAGGAGAGUUCUAAUUCUGGCUCUGCGCUGGGCAAACGCACACACCUACCUGCUGCAGGAGGAACCUGCUGCCGUCUCCUUUUUGGAGGAGUUGUACGGAAGUGUAUCGAAUGAUUCUCGGAUACUAAGAGGUCUCAAAGACUUGGCUGUUGAUCUAGAGAAGGUGGUGAAGUUACACUCUGAAGAAGCUAAAUCGACAAAAAGGAAAACUCUGAUACGACAAUUCAGCAAUGGAGAGGAAAGACUCCAAAAGAAACAGCCCAUCAAGAAUCAGGAUGACAUUCUUCUGAAGGUGUACUGCAGCGAUCACACCUAUACAACAAUUCGGAUUGCGGUGGCCGCAACAGGCAGGGAAGUGAUCAGCGCGGUGACCGACAAACUCGGCACAACUGACGAGCUUCUCCUGGUGCACCUCAGCUCUGCCUCUGAGAAGCAGAUCCUGAAACCCAAUGACGUAUCAGUGUUCUCCACUUUAAGCAUUAACGGCAGGUUGUUUGCUUGUCCUCGAGAUCAGCUCAGUGGAUUGACUCCUCUUCCAGAUCAAGAAGGUCCCUCUGCCGGCUCCAUGUCAACUUUUGAGCUGAUGAGCUCCAAGGAUCUGGCUUAUCAAAUGACAAUGUUUGACUGGGAGCUCUUUAGCUGUGUACAUGAGCAUGAGCUGCUUUACCACACAUUCGGUCGGCAGAGCUUCCGGAGAACCACGGCUAAUCUCGAUCUGUUCCUGCGGAGGUUCAACCAGGUUCAGCUGUGGGUGGUCACUGAAGUCUGCCUCUGUAAUCAACUCAGCAAACGAGUGCAGCUCCUCAAGAAGUUCAUCAAGAUUGCUGCACACUGUAGGGAGUUCAAGAAUCUUAAUUCAUUCUUUGCCAUCAUCAUGGGAAUGAGCAACCCUGCUGUCAGCAGACUGAGCCAAACGUGGGAGAAACUUCCCACCAAGUUUAAGAAGUUCUACGCUGAGUUUGAAAGCAUGAUGGAUCCAUCUCGAAAUCACAGGACUUACAGAAUUACUGUCACCAAACUGGAACCACCAAUCAUCCCUUUCAUGCCACUUCUACUCAAAGACAUGACAUUUACCCAUGAGGGCAACAAGACCUUUAUUGACAACAUGGUAAAUUUUGAGAAAAUGCGGAUCAUUGCAAACACGAUUCGUCAAGUGAGGCAUUGUCGAAGUCAACCAUUCAACCCUGACAUUUGCCAGCCGAACAAGAAUCAAGCGGAGGUGCGUGGCUACGUAAGGAAGCUCUGCGUGAUCGACAACCAGAGGGCGUUGACCCAGCUCUCCUACCGGCUGGAGCCCCGACGGACAUGAGACCCAAAUCUUCUUCUUACUUUGUGAAGUUAUCAUGAAACACACAAACAUACUCAUUCUUAUGUGCUUUAAAAAAAAACAAAGAAACCUGGACUUUUAGUAGCAAACGACACCAGUCAGUGACUUUGGCAUUAUUACGGACUAUCUCCAUUUAAGGACUUCUACUGUGCCGUUAAACGCCUCCUCCUGCUGAACUAAUGACUGUCCAGCUGCUCUUCUUUUUGCUGUGUGGACUUUCAGAACGAGACUUUCUGCUGAGCAGGUUAUUUCUGUUGGGACCUGUUAGAUAGAACUGUAGUGUAUAGAACUUGAAUUGGUAUUUUGCAUGACUGAACAUCAUAGGUUUUGUGUUCUAUACAGUGGACUUCUAUCUAGAGCAUCCUAUACUGUUAUGCUACGUGAAGAAGAAAAAAAAAAAAAACUCCUCUACCCGUAAACUGUGGAAAUGCUAUAUUCCCUUAGUUAUUCCGAAAUCUGAGAGUACGUAUUUAUCCAUACUUUAGAACCAGAAAUUUCUCUUAAUAGAGCUUUUAAAGUCUUUAGGAUCUCCUUUAGGUAAAUCUGAGUAUUCCUUCCCGAAGAGAGUAUUUCUUUGGUUCUAGUAGCACUAUGGAACAAUACUCAAAGUGGUCAGGGUAGUGCAGUUACUUUUUUGGUUUCCAUUUGAUCAUUUCACAGAAAAAUUAUCAUUUUAUUUUAUUUUUUAUUUUUUAAAUGUCAGCUUUACCUUCAUUAAGACAUUUCUUCAUUACCAGCCUAAACCUAACUAUGAAAGGACUAUUUGUCAUAUGUAUUUGUUGUGUUGAGUCUGUGUGGUUUUCAUUUCUUGCAUAUAUGAGCGUAGAUUUUGAGUGUCGGUCGUUUGUUUUUAUUUGAUCUUGGGAGCUUCUUCUGUGACGAUGUGUGUUGAGAACUGCCGUGUGGCUGGCUUUGCCCAUGCAGCCUGUAAGUGUAUCGUGUGUGUAGUCUGCUUUGUAAAUAAAGAAUAGCUAAACUAA